GCCCUGUAUAGACAUAAAAGACUCCUAGAAGGUCUCCUAGGGCAGCUGAGAAAAAUACUUUCCUCUUAAGAGAGAAAAUUCUUAAGGGACAGACAUAAUUGAGUACUCUUUUCUGGAGUUUCCAGUUCGGGAGUCUGAAGCUAGAUGCCCUCUGGGGUUUUAGGCCGUGGCUACAUGUCUCAUACAUUAAGGGGAAGACAAAUUUGCUUGCUGUCUAUCUAUCAAUGGCUUGUUCAGCUGCUAGCAUUUCCAAAGAAAGAAAACUGCAUUCCAAGGCUGGCGUCUAGCUGUCAGUAUGUGAAAUUAAUAGAUACAAAUAUAAAAUACAGGGUUAGGCACAAAUAACACCCCUUUUUAUUACAUAAACAUCUUUUAUUACAAAAUCAUAAGCAUGUAAUUCUGUAACAUAACAAUAUUACACUCAAUCGCACCAUUUGACAUUUUAGGUGAAAAGUUCAAAUUGCUGUCCAUCUCAUACGAGACAUUCACGUACCAUACCAGCCACACUUGUUGCCAUUACUUCUGCCGGACCCUGUAUGAUAUUGUCACUAUGGCUGAUCUUCCUUUACAUUAUUGAAAUUUGUACCUUUUAAAACAGUUGUGUAAGAUUUCAGUUUGUUGAAAUGAGCAGUCGUAAAUCGAAGAGUAACAGUUUAAUACAUGCAGAGUACAUUUCACAGGUACAGAGAAUUUUACGUGAAAGAUUUUGUCAUCAGAGUUCACAUAGCAACCUGUUUGGAGUACAAGUACAAUAUAAACACCUAAUCGAGCUGCUGAAGAGAACUGCUUUCCAUGGAGAAAGUAACUCUGUUCUUAUUAUUGGACCCCGUGGAUCAGGAAAGACUAUGCUAAUAAACCAUGCUCUGAAAGAACUAAUGGAGAUAGAAGAUAUGAGCGAAAAUGUAUUACAAGUUCACCUAAAUGGACUGCUGCAGACCAACGAUAAAAUAGCCCUAAAGGAAAUCACAAGGCAGUUAAAUCUGGAAAACGUAGUUGGAGAUAGAGUUUUUGGAAGCUUUGCUGAAAACCUUUCAUUCAUACUGGAAGCUCUAAAAAAAGGUGACCGAUCGAGUAGUUGUCCAGUGAUCUUCAUAUUAGAUGAGUUUGAUCUUUUUGCUCAUCAUAGAAACCAAACACUCCUCUAUAAUCUUUUUGACAUUUCUCAGUCUGCACAAACUCCAGUAGCAGUUAUUGGUCUUACAUGUAGAUUGGAUAUUUUGGAACUCUUAGAAAAAAGAGUGAAGUCACGAUUUUCUCACCGGCAGAUACACUUAAUGAAUUCAUUUGGUUUUCCACAGUAUCUUAAAAUAUUUAAAGAACAAUUAUCUCUGCCUGCAGAAUUUCCAGAUAAGCUUUUUGCUGACAAGUGGAAUGAGAAUGUUCAGUGUCUCUCUGAAGAUACAAGUGUGCGAGAAGUACUACAGAAGCAUUUCAACGUCAGUAAAAACUUGCGGUCAUUACACAUGCUAUUGAUGCUUGCUUUAAGUCACAUAACAACAUCACACCCAUUUGUGACUGCAGCAGAUCUGAUGGAGGCACACCAGCUGUGUAGCAUGGACUCUAAAGCAAAUAUUGUACAUGGUCUGUCAGUCUUGGAAAUCUGCCUUAUAAUAGCAAUGAAACAUUUAAAUGACAUCUACGAAGAGGAGCCCUUUAAUUUUCAAAUGGUCUAUAAUGAGUUUCAGAAGUUUGUUCAAAGGAAGGCCCAUUCUGUUUAUAAUUUUGAGAAACCUGUUGUCAUGAAGGCUUUUGAACACUUACAACAAUUAGAAUUAAUAAGGCCCAUGGAAAGAACGUCAGUAAAUGCACAGAGAGAGUACCAGCUGAUGAAACUACUUUUGGAUAACACUCAGAUUAUGAAUGCUUUGCAGAAAUACCCCAACUGUCCCACAGACGUUAGGCAGUGGGCAACGUCCUCGCUAAGCUGGUUGUGAAUAUGACCACUGGCCUCAGUUACGGAGUUCCAGGCAAACUUCUCUAAAGAACUAGAAGCUGUUGUCCUUUAAUGACACAUGUCAUGGCAUUUUCUUAUAUUUAUAGACAAUUACUUUUGUAUUUAUGGGGGAGUAUUACACAUGUAGUAUAUUCUUAAAGGCAAGGCUGUGCCAUGCCUUUAAAUUGUGAGCAGUUACAUGCUUUAUAAUCCCAGUAAUUUAGACUAUGUUGUAAGAAGUUCAAAAAAAUAAAUGUGACUGUUUUAUAGGAAUUGAACCAUAUACUUAUUAACAGUUGUGAAGCAUUUGUGUAUUACAUUUGAAAUAUCCAUCUGACCCAGCAGUUUUUAUAAACCUUAAACAAAGCAGUAAAGAAACAAAGGUAGGAGUUGAGGUGUAAGAAGUAAUCUUUCGGCACACUGGGAAGUGCUGUAUUUUUUUCCUGUACCCUGCAAGGAAUUUUGGAUUCCCUGCCAGACCCAGGUCUUCUAGUUCAGAAGACUGGCCAGUUUGGCUAAAGAUGGUUUACAUGGAAGAAAAGACGAAAAGUUUGGACAUUUUUUCCCAGACUUCUCAAAAUGUGGCACUUGUACUAUCUACAGAAGAAUCCCUUGACAGACUUUUAAAAAAUGCAGGUUCUUGGGCAUAUUCUAUCCAAAGGCAUCAGAAUUUGUCCAUUUUUUUAACAGGUACUUUAGGAAAUUCCUGGAAAACCACUCCCACAAUUGAGGGGAAAUGUUUGUCAGUGUUAACUUAAACAAUUUAUAUCUAAAAGUAGAUCCCUAAGAGAAAUGUGGAAACAGCCAAAGGAUCAGCUUAUAAAUUCAGGAAUCUGUAAACUAAUACAGCUAUAUGUUUAAAGUGAAACUUAGUAUAAGCAUUCGUUAAGUGUCAGUGACUUCAUUUAUUCGUUUGAUCACCUAUUGUUUUCAGGGGAGAUUUACAGAAGGCAGUGUCCCCGAUGUCAUUCAGUUUAUUGUACAGUCAUACCUCAGUACUCGUAGGCUUCAGAGCUCAUCGAAUCUUGUCCUCACAUUUUGAUGAGAGAAAAAUGUUUCAGCACUUCGGCGCUUGCUCAGGACUCAUCGCACUUGCUAGAGCUGUAGGAGUCACAGCACCACCCCACAAGAGAAGAUGCUUCAUCACUCAUCACUUGAAAAAUUUCGUUUGGUGCUUGUUGGUUUCAGCACGUCACAAGUUCUGGAACAAAUGACGACGAGUACCAGGGUAUCACUUGUACUGGUGACUGUCAAAGGCCAUUAUGAUUUCCAUACUGUUGUUUACAGAUGAGACGACUAACACUUCUGGAAGUGUCCGGAAUGACACAGGCAGAAAAUGACAGAGCAUGGUUCAAAUCAGGUUUGUGUGACACCAAAGCCCCGCUACUAAGACUUGAAGUUCAGUAAUGGUUCCUUAUGUUUAAAGAAUGCUCCAAGAAAUUUAUCUGUUUUUUAAGGAGUCUUAGGUGUGGAAUAGAAGUCACUGUGCAUAAAAGGAGCUCUUCAGUACACAACCUAUUGUUUUGAAUGCAUCGCCACUCCCUGCCCUGAGUCUUCAGAUGACUGUCAUUUGCUUUCUGCAGUCUCAUUAAAUCUAAGGCUUGUGUACUUGUUCUAUGCAAUACUCAAAAGAUUUCUAGGAAGUAUUCUGCCAAAAUAUUUAACAUGGUAGUAUCACUAUUAGUAGAAGCAAGGAUUUUACUCUUGAGCUAAAGUGUCCCUUGACUGUAGAAGUACCUAAAGAACUGACUUGAGGAUUACAAAUUUUUGUUAGGUGAAGAUGCCACUAAAAGGCUGGGAGCCUUCAUCUGCCUCUGUGGUACAUAGGAGCUAUGUCCAGAUCCAUCAUUAUCCAGAUAUACGAUUAAAAACUAAGUAGCAAGGUGGGUUUUCACCUUUAGUGAAACGGAAAGCAAAUUAGAAAAAAAAAUAAGUUAGCAAAAAUUGUACAGAGAAGUGUAUGUCUACAUUCCAAAGUCAUUUUUUGAGGAGAGGAAGUAUGUCAGUUUUCCUCUUUGCAUACUCCCUAAUACAAAGAGGUUAAGGUGUACUUAGAAAACUUUCAGACUACAUCUAUUAAAUUCUUAAACUAUCAUUAACAAGAUAACUGAAUCUGAAAAGCCCUAGUAAAAAAAACUUUAAUGUAAAUAAACAUUGUUGAAAGGUAUUUCCUUCAUUUACAAGAGGAA